UUGUAAUAACAUUAGUAAAUAUCCGUUUUUUUGCUAGGGAGGUGAGUAAAUUCGCACCUUCGCGAGGAAAUCCGUAUUAUGGCUUAAAUGUUAUACGUUCAUGAUCAAAACCACGUAUUUUGAUAAACCUUGCAUCUGUGUAAAAAUAUUAGAUUAUAUCAAUAGUAUUUAUGUUUCCUCGUGAUCAGGACAAAGCCCAAUCCUAUUAUAAUAUUAUAAAUAAGCAAAUAACCUUGAAUUUAAAAACAUAUUCAACUUAAUGAUCAGCAAUCUAUAACACAGCGAUCUUUUAGAUUCUCAUGCACUCACACUAUUGAUGUAUAACCUGAUAAGACAGUCACUGAAUGACGUGUUGAACAUUUAACAUUAUUGCAUUUGGAAAAAUAUGCAAGAAAUCCUCCGCAAUUGAAACGAAUUUGCGUUGGCAGGAAUGCUUUGUAUAUUAAAUCAAUUCGUGUAUAUGCACACGAAACAGUAAACAAUGUAUACAUUGAUGUUUCGAUAGAAUGAGAUCACAGAUUACGGAAACCAAAUUAGUCCAAGCUAGUGUGGGAUGGAAGAUUCUCAAACCAAAACAAAACAAAUCGGAAAUCGGACGGAAUUUUUACAACCUUGAAUCAUUUGUACAAUGUUUAAGACAUCAAGGACCUAACGACAGAUAAUGGGUAUAUUUUACCACAAAAGGGCAUGUGAGAUUGAAAUCAUGUCCAGUAUUACCCUUAAUGAUCCCACAAUCAAAAGCUUAGGUUUCUUUUACCCGUUUUUUUCUUCACAAAAUCAAACACGAACCCUAGCGAGCGAGCGGAAACACAACUAUUAUCUGGUAUUGUUUUGCCUUACACCAUAUACAGAGAAAGCUUUGAGACGUCUUAAGUACCCAUGGCCAUUUCAGUUAAAUCAUGUCCCAGAUGUCGUCUGCAAGCGAGCCUCCUAUCCUGGCAAAGCAAGUUGGCGUACUGGAUGAUUUGAAAGAAACGGAAGCAAUUCAACCUCAUAAACAGAAAAGCCAAGAAGCUUUAGUGAAACGUGUUAAAAGAAAUGUCCUGAGCACAACAACAAUAUCUGAGACAAGCGAUCACUCAUCGUCCCUGCUUUGGACUCCAGCGCAACCAGCAGGAAAACAAGCGAAUGAAAAGCCAGCAUCCAACAGGAGCCAUCGUAAGCGCGACAAGUCCGGCGGCAAACGACGCCUUUAUAAGGACGAGAAAACAACAGAGAGCGAAGAAACAUCUCAAUUUUUAUCAAAACAAGAGCAAGAACAUGAACGCCUCAAGUCAGAGAAGAUGUACUCGUUUGAUCGAGAUUACCACCAUCACAGGACAAGUAGAAGAAGUAGGAGCAGCUCAGGAAGACAGAGUUCAAGAAGAUCUAACAAAAAACAUCUGGAACUUACUAACGACUACACGAGAUAUCAAUAUCAUCGUAGAUCACAAAGAGAUAAGCACAGGAAACAUAACUCUCGAUCACAACAGAAAAACGACACAGAAGCAAGCACCACAAGUGGUUUGCCAAAACUAAUUAAAAGACUCAAAGUCUUCUUCUUUGGCAAGAGAUCAGACCACGAUGAGCACGAUAAUAGAACAGCUAAAGAACACGGAAGAGAUUUCCACCAACAUUCGAAUUCUAAGAAACACAAGCACGACGUUUCCGCGAAAUUAUUUCGGAGUGCAAGUGACUCUGAUCUUGAGGUUGUCAAACACCGUAACAGAAGGUCCUUACAUAAGAAAGGAGUGAAGGAUGACUUUUUAAAAGAAAAUAAACACUGGAAGUCGAGACAUCAUGAUCAUAAACUAACGAGUAUCUGUGAAAGUAGCGAUCGCUCUGGGAAAUUGGGUUCUGGCAGUGAUGCUGGUAAACUGGUACUAGCCAGAAGUGGAAGAACAACCUAUAAUGAUAUAACAGGUCAUAAGAAUGGUGAUUUGCGACGAGCAAAUGGUCAUUGUAAGAAAGAUGAACGGGACACUAGUGAGGGUAGUCACUCACAUAUUGAAUCUUCGCACAGUAGAAGAAGACACAAACGACGUAACAAGGAAUAUCAGAGCUUGAAAAAGAAAUGGGCAAAACAACAUCAGAGCUUUGAAAAUGACUUGGAAAAGUUAGAGAAAUUAGUCGAGCUGAUUGGAAUGAAAAAGACUCAGGGAUGGCUGGAACAAAAGAGUUCUGAGAACACAACGUUACUAGAAAGACUAGAAGCAACUCAGGAGAAAUGCGUGGCUGAGGUGGACUUCACGAGACAUGUUCUCAUAUGUAAACUACAAAGACUUGAAAAUAAACUAGAGGAGAGUCUAUCCACAAUCGAUUACAACAACAAUAAUACACUAACAGACGAGAAGGGAAGAAGCAUCGAUGAAAUAAGGGAUGAAAUGUCAAAAGAGUAUCAUGAUUUGAGGAAAUUAUUACAAGAAACAAGUACUCAAUUGAAACAAGUCUUGGAUGAUAAGCCAUCUUCAGGAGAAACUGCUGAGCAAGAAAACAACGAUGAUCAAAGACUGAAAGGAAUUCCAACACCAGUAGAAAAGCGUUCAGGAGGACACAGUCAAACGAGAAAUGGCGUUUUAAAAGCCACAAAUAUUCCUUUCCCAGAACUGUCCCAUCAUCCACUUAACACAAGACAUUCUAGAAACCUUGAAACGGAACCAGGACAUUCUAAGAACUACGAAACUGAACCAGGAUGUUCUAGGAAUUACGAAACAGAAGCAAUCAGAAAGGACAACGUGAAAACAAAACAACAGGAACAUUCCAGAGUUACAACAUACGUGUAAUAUAGUUUAAUAUUUAGACUUGUAUUUAAGAAAGAUGAUAUAAAGGUAUAUAUAUUUUUGGACUGAAGAAAUAUUCAUACGUAGAAAGAGGUGUAUUAUAGAGUAAUGUAUCCAAUGUUUACGCAAU